AUGUUUUCCUUUUUCAGAUCAAAACACCACCACCAACAACAACAACAACCUUCUGGUAAUAAUGUCCAGACAAAACCAAAGCGAAAGCAAGAUGUCGCCCAAAUCCUAUCGCUUCCAAGAAAAACGUCUCUCAAGCGGCCAAAGCAUCAGCACAAAAAUGCUCGUCAAAAGAACCGUACUGUGAUCCGCAAGCUGAGCAUUGGUGCUCCCCAAACUCUUGCAAACAUCGAAGACUCCCAGGUGCAAGAUCAACUCACUAGAGCAUUCAAGAGCCCUUCAAAGCUGGAUCUAUUAGGAGGACAACUUUCCGGAGACGACCAUCUUCGGUUAAAUUUUACUAUCCCUGAUACCUCCAAUAUGAUCGAUGCCACCAAAAUGACCGAGGUCACCAGCAAGAAGCUGAAUGUCGUGGCCUCGCCUUCCAACAACAAUACUAAUAAAUUCAUAAGCUCUCCUAUCAAGCUUGAUCUUCUGGAAUUCACGGUGAAAGGUAUCGGAAGACCUAUGAGUCCUCCAAUAUCUGCCACCUCGGCCAUAGACUCUUUUAUCGGCAAACUUGGAAGAGACAGUGUUGAUGAAUCUUUUUUGAAACGAAGAUCAGAAACCAUCUCGAGUGUUGGUUCAACAAACCUUUGGGCUCAAACUCUAAACUUGAACUCUUCUGACAAUAAUACAAUCGCUAGCGUUGACGCCCCAAAGGUACUUCCUCUCGCACCUCAGACAUUUAGCACCACUCUGUCGUCUCCUAAAGAACUACAAUAUUCUUAUACCCAAAGAACCUUGGACCCAUUCACCAACUCCCCUUAUCAUCAUCUUCGCCAUCAAGAUAUUUCCCCAACGUCAUUGACCCCUCAAACAAAUAGUAACCAACAAACCACUACAUUUACCCAUAACCCUUCAAUGAGCCUUGAUUUCGACACUUUUUCCCAAAAAACGGUGUCUCCGUGGGCUAAUACCGAUACUAAUAGAAGAUCUCACUUGAAAAGCAACAGUGAGGGGGCAGCAUUCACUUUGGACUCGGUAGGUUCAACCGGAGAAUUCAACCAAUUAUUGGAAAAAAUGUUUGGGCUUCAAUCCGAUGGUGGCCCCUCCGAAACUUACGCCAACCCAGCGUCUCCAAGCGCCUCCAGUACUGCUGCCAACGACGCAUUCAAAAAACUCAGUAUUGGAGAAACUUCCCAGACAAGUGAUGUCAAGGCUCUUAGGGUCAAACACCAAAGAUUCAACUCCACCUACGAGGAUAUCAAGAUGAAGAACCAGAUUCUUGUGGCUGCAGCAGCGGCAUCGUCGUGUAGCACCGACCCAAAGAAUACCACCACACAUUGUCAAACUCGCUCGCUUGGGAGUAAUAACCUGAUCCAUUUGCCAGAUCACUGCAAUGGAAUGGCGGUUGUCCCAUUACCAACGGGGAAAUCGCUUACCACCACUCGCAGCUUGGCUAGUCUUCGACCACUAGAUAAAUCCUCCACUUCAUCAUUUACCACUGGUCAUCGUUCCUCGCUGUCGAUUUCCGGGUCGAUAUCUGCCACCACCGCGAAGCAAGGGGCAUCAUCACAACAGAGUUUAUUCAGUUUGAACCCAAGUUUACGAGAAAUUGCGGGUAGUUCCAUGGCGGGCAAGGGGAAAAAAAUCCCUGAAAGUUUACUCGAGAUCUCCAGGGGAGAUAAGUAUAAAUUAUUGCCUGAUGUGGAAUUUUCACCGAUCAAUUUUGUUUUCGAUGAGAAGAUCGAGAAACCUGACCAAGAAAUGACAUUGGUCGACGACACACAUUCACUCUCUGAGUACAACCUACCUGAAGUUGAUAAUCCUCCUCCUCCUCCAUCUCAUCAUCAUCAUCAACAUUUAGAAGGUGAGGUGACUUCAUUGGAUAUGGUUGCGAAUUCCAACGAAGAUGAACACUGGAAACCUCGUCCAAUGGUAGAAAUUGGACUCUCUUCUUAUCACAAAGCCAAUUUAAAACCUGUCUCAGUAGCCACGCUCAUGAAGUCCCUGAUUGGCCAUUGA